AUGGAAAAGCUAGGCAUCAAGGAGAAGCAACUCCAGCCCAGCCGGACCGUGUUCCAUGGCAUCGUCCCUGGGCUUUCCCGCUCUCCAAUCGGCAAGAUCAAGAUCAACGUUCUGUUCGGCGACAAGGCCCACUUCUGUCGUGAGCCAAUCUGGUUUGAGGUGGUCGACUUGGAUAACCCCUACGAUGCGCUCUUGGGCCAGCCAACGAUGGCCAAAUUCAUGGUGGUUCCACACUAUAAGAAUUUGCUCGAGUGCGCCGCAACCAGCUCCCGGCUGGCCGAGUCCCUCAUCAUCACUGAAGAAAAGCGCCUCCUUGACUGGGCUGUGGCCAUGGCCAGCAAGCAGCCAGCCAUGUCGACUGACCCCAAGGAUGCUAAAGGUGAGGGCUCCUUCCAGCCGGCUAAGGAAACCAAGAAGAUCAUCUUGGACCCGGCGCACCCGGAGCAGUACGCUGUCAUAGGGUCCAACCUCGACAGCAAAUAG